AUGUCUGACUUCCGAGGUCCCAGAAUUGCCAUCAUUGGCAUUGGCAAGGUCGGCGCCGCCGUUGCAUACUCCAUCAUUCACAAGCAAAUCGCCAGCGAGGUCCUCAUCCUCGAUCUCAAGGAGGAUUUCCAAGAUGCCCAAGUUCAAGAUCUUCGUGAUUCCACCAGCUUUGGAAUCUCACCCCGCGUCCGUCCAGGUACCUGGAAAGAAUGCGGUCAGUGCGACAUUAUUGUCUUCACAGCCGGCACCAACCAAAAAGCCGGAGAAUCUCGUCUCUCCCUACUGCAGCGCAACCUCGGCGUCAUCCGUGGGGGCUUCGAGAAGAUGUCCCCCUUCAAGGAGGAUGCCAUCCUCAUCAUGGUCACCAACCCCGUCGACAUCAUGACAUACUUUGCCGUCAAGUACUCUGGCCUUCCUGCCAACCAAGUCUUCGGCAGCGGCACCAUUCUCGACACUACCCGCCUCAAGGACACCAUUGCCCAGCGCGCCAAGGUUGCCCCCCGCGCUGUGCACGCCUACGUCGUCGGCGAGCACGGCGACUCUCAGACCAUUGCCUGGUCCAACAUGGCCAUUGGUGGCAUCCCCGUCGACCAGGUCUUGCCUCUCGAUAUCGAAGAAAAGCACGAGAUUGCCGAGUUUGUCAGAUUCAAGGCGGACAGACUCAACAAGGUCAAGGGAGAGACCUCUUUCGGCAUCGGCGCCGUCAUCUCCAACAUUUGCACAUCCAUCCUUCUCGACGAGCGACACGUGCUCCCCCUCAGCCACUACCACAGCGACUAUGGCAUGUGCUUCAGCAAGCCUACCAUUGUCGGACGUCGCGGCAUUGUCAAGUCACUGGACAUUAUCCUCGACGAAGACGAGCAGGCGUCCCUGGAAAAGUCCAUCAACAAGCUCAAGACUGUUGCCUACGCGACUGAGAAUCCCGAGCCCGCGAUUGCGAGCCGCCUAUAA